AUGCCGCGCGGUCUGCAGCCAGCAGCUGCGCCGCAGGUGCAGCGCAAGAAGCGUAGCUUCUUCUCCAAGAAGUCCACCUUACCGCCUCUCCCCAUCAUCCGCACCCGUUCCCCGCCGCGUUCAGUCCCCUCCGCCACUGUACUGCAUUCGCUCGAACCCGACAUGAAGGCCGUCACCGCUGGCAAGACGUUCAUGAAGACGGAGAUGGGCGAGGACAAGUGGGAGGUUGCUGACCGAACUCGCGUCACGCGCGCCGCCGCCGCCGAAGCCGAAAACAAACCUAUCGCCAAGCGCCGUGUCGGUGCGUCAACAGCACGGAAAGCUCCGAUCGCCAAGGUCACAGCCAAGCACGUCGCGGUCGGCCCACGCAGUGCGCCAGCUUCCGCUGCCCAGUCUGCUAAGGCGAAAGCGACAGUUGCAGCGACGCGCAUCAAGCUGAGGACGCGGCAGUCGCCAGGCGAGGAAGACACUGCUCCCAGCAACGAUUCGUCUGCCUCCGAUGUUGGUGCCAUUGAGGAUGUCACAUCAGCCCUUCCCCAGCCGAACACACCAGAGGAUUCGCCUGCGACAGAAUCUGCGCAGUCCGCCCCGCCUGCGCCGGCCGCCCAGCCUGCCCCUACGUCGAGCCGUACCCGUCAAUUUUGGUCGACUACAAAGGCACCGCCAUCUAAGGAGGCACCGAAGGAGGCGCCCCCACCACCUGCACCGAAGGAGUCACCCACGCCGCCAGCUCCCAAAGAAACUCCCACGCCUGCACCUGUCGAGGCGCCCGCCCCCAAAGCACCGAGGCCGACGAGAAGUACGCCGGCGAAGCAGGACAAGGCUAUCAGCAGUCCCGCCACCCGCGCAAAGCGCAGGAAUAGUAGUGAUGCCCCCACUUCCAGGUCGACACGCCGCAAGAGCAACCUCGGCCCUAGCACCGACGCCGGCCCUAGUGACCAGACUGAAACUCCCAUUAACAAUGUGCCGAUCGAGGAAGCUGGUCCCAGCAGUAGCACCGCUGUUACCGAGGACGCUCCGCGUAGCGAUGCAUCGCCGAGUGCGGUUCCCAGCAGUGCAGUGGGACCUAGCACCGUCACUGUCUCUGCUCCCCCGGAGACCCUGGCUGCCCCCGUCAAUCCCGCCAACCCGUCACAAAAGAAGGAGUACCUCUCAGCGGGAAUGUUCUGUGAUGAGCCCGUGCCCCCUCGCGACUACCAGUUGGUCAACCGGGUGUUGGCCACGCGGCAGGACUCGAAGAAGAAGAAACUCAACAAUGAUGGAGAGCUGGAUCGUCGCUACGUUUCCGACGAUACGUCCUUCCCUCCUCUUCCCGAGCCCAAGGGCAUGGUCGAGCUGUUCGAGAAAGAGCACGAGUUCAAGCUGCCGUACGAUUUGGUCUGGGAGAGCGAAAGCGGCAUCUUGGACGACAAGAAGCGCCCUCCUCAAUACGAGAUGAUCACCUCGAACCAAUUCCUCGAGCGACCCAAGAUCCCGGUCUCGGACAAGGAGGUCUGCCACUGCGUUGUCGGCACUGGGUGCGGCCUCAGCUGUACCAACCGCCUACAGGGAAUCCUGUGUGGGAAGAGCUGUCCCAACGGGCCGGAUUGUGGAAACCAGGCGCUGUGUCGUCGCCCGGCCAAGGCCAUCAUUGUGGCCCUGUCCUCUCUCCACGGUUAUGGCGUGUUUGCCGCCGAGGACAUUGCCGCUGGAGAAUUUGUGGUCGACUAUCGCGGCGAGGUCAUUAGUGUUGACACGUUCAUCGAUCGCAUCGGCUCACACAGCGAGGACGACAGUGUCUUCGCGAUCGCGUACGACAGGGACGAGAUCAUUGAUUCGAGCUCGAAGGGCAACAGUGCUCGUUUCAUCAACCACUCGUGCGACCCGAAUCUGGUCCUUCGCAAAUUUGAUACGCUCGGGGACGGUCACGAGGAGCACGAAUUCGGUCUGUGGUCCCGCAGGCCUAUCAAGGCUGGGGAGGAGCUUACCUACGACUACAAUGCGGAGACGUACCCCGUGUUCACUGACGGACCCGACACGCGUGUCCCCUGCAACUGCGGUGCUAAAAACUGCACUGGCGGGCUCAAUAGCAAGCAGGGGGUUCGCCCGCAGCUGAUGGACGUCCUCGACUCGUCCAGGGCGAACAAGAAGGCUGAGGCGAGGAAGCUCGUGCACUGGGCAGGCCCUGCGUCCGCGACCCGCCUCGUGCUGGGCAAGGACGGCAAGCUGAAGCGACCUGUCGGACGCCCUCGCAAGCACCCUCUUCCUGACCCGAACGGACCUCCUCCAGUCCGCCGCCCCGUCGGUCGCCCCAGGAAGCAUCCUUUGCCUGACCCUAACGGUCCGCCCCCUAUUAAGCGUCCUGUCGGCCGUCCCAGGAAGCACCCUCUUCCCGACCCCAACGCUCCCCCUCCCCCUCGCCGCCCUGUCGGUCGUCCCCGCAAGAACCCCCGCCCCGACGACGAGAAACCCUCGCCAGCCACCUCCCGUACCGCUCGCGGUCGUGCCAGCCGUGCCGAGUCGAUCGCGACAUCUUCCAACGCUGAUAGCGCCGACGAGGACCAGUGGGACUCAGACCAGUCUGAGUCCAGCAAGGGCAUGUCCACCUCUGAGUCUGAGGCUGAGGUUGACGACUUUGACGCCUUUGAGUCGACCGAGCCCGCUGAGACUCCUGAGCCCACUGAGUCCGUUCCGCCCACCGAGCCUGUCCCAGAGGAGGCUGUCCCCGAGCCCGAGCCGAUGGAAGUGGAGCAGAUCGAGACGGUCGUUGAUCCCGAGGCCACUGAGUCUCAGCCUACGCCUCAACCUGAGCCCGAGGUAGCUCAACCUGAGCCUGAGGUUGUCUCCGAUGCUCCUAUGGUUCCUAAGGUGCCCAAGGCCCCCAAGGCUGUCAAGGCUCCCAAGGCCCCCAAGGCCCUCAAGACUCCCAAGGUCCCCGCCCCGCCUCCAAUCAGCCGCGCUGGCCCCUCUUGGGCGACUGGACCCUCGUGGGCCACCGGGCCCGCGCCGGUCCGCUCACCGACCAAGACCCCCGAGCUGCGUUCCUCCUCCGUUGUCAUGGAUGCCGACGAGGAGAUUGAGAUCAAGCAGGAGCCCGAGGAUAACAUCGGUCCCAGCCGCCGCGACCGCAUUCCCCGCGGACGCCGCUCGGAGCCCUACCCCCUGCCGCGCAGCAAGGCGCAACAGGAGGUCGCUACCCCUCAGUCUGUGCGCGUCAUCCGCCGCCAGUCGCGCGGUGCGUCGACUCCGCGCCAGGACAGCUCCCCCGCUCAGCCCACCGGACGCCGCCGCCAAUCCUCUCAGGGGGGUCCUGCUCUCGUUCCCCGUAUCCGCCUAAAGGGGCUCACGAGGACGCCGGAGGUAGACGAGCGUGCCGCGAAGGAGGCAGAGCGCAAGGCAAAGCAAGCGGAGCGUGCAGCGCGAGAGGCCGAGGAACGCCGCCAGAAGAAGGCAGAGAUGAAGGCGAAGCGCAACGGCGCUCCUGCUGGCUGGGCCUAUAUCGUGGAGCCCGUCGGCGGACCUGCCCCCGAGCCCGAGCAUGCUCCCACUGAACGCGAUGCACGCGCUGCUCGCUUGGCCGCGAGGCGCUCCCUGGGUUAA